AUGGUCUACUACGCGUUGAUUAAAUACACGCCUUCGGAACCUCAUUAUCGUUAUAUUGUGGCCGCUCCGGACGCUGAUACCAUCGAUGAAUGGUGGCGAGUGGUGUCCGAAAAGGUCGGCGUUCAAUGGCAACGUCUUGCACCUGACUAUUAUUCGUUUAAUCAAGGUUUUGUCUGGGACAGCGCGCCGGAAUUCAACGAUAGGCUCAUGUACACACUGCUCAAUGAUCGUGAUGGCAGGUUCAUGGGGGCAUUUUCGCAGCAGCCACGGACAGACCAUAUUAGCGGCCAGACAUUCUUCAUACGGUCUAAAUCCAGCCCAUACAUCUAUUGGGCGGUAAAAGAUAAUCGCAUCUACGCCAGCAGGUUUAGUCGAACCCGCUUCCGAAUCAAGAUCGAUGGUGAGACCAAACCCAAGGUCAUGAUUGGCAAAGACAGCAUUUCCAUCACACUCACAACCAAUUCAGCCCAGUAUGUGAGUAUCAGCAGCAAUGGAGAGCUGAGCGUGGAGGGAGGAGGGCAUACAGGAGGGAUUUCCUUCAGCCAUUUCAAAAAGGGUUUUCUAGCCGACAGUUACCAGAUAGGUGAUGAUGUCAAUGCUGCUGUUAGAAAAGUUGGAAAUGAUGAUGGCGAGGAAUGGGAGCUUGUGCAAUAG